GACAUCUGUGAUAGUGAUAAGUUUAUCAACAAAACGUGCAGAUUUAUCUUCUGACGAUAUUAAAUUUUUACUCAUUAGUUCGUAAGUGUAUAUUAUUGUUAAUUUGAUUAUUGUUUCAUGGAUAAAUUCAUAACUAUAAUUUACAAACUGUAACAUGGCUACAACAUCGAAAAGUACAAUGAAAGAUUGUUAUCUUGAUUGUUUAACACAACAAAUUGAAGAAUUUGAAUUGCUUAAGUCCAUGUAUCCUAAUCAAGGAGAAAUUGUGUGCAGUGAUAAAGACAUCAUAAAGGAUAUUAGAGACUUUUUGGAUAACAAAACAGAGUACAUUCCUUCACAUUUAGACUUCAAAUUAAACCUUUUCAUAGAUGGAUUGAAGUUGGAGGUUUUUAUUAAUUUGCCUAGCUCGUACCCAAAGGAGGAACCAGAUAUAUAUGUUAGAUGUAACAAGAUGAAUCGGCAAAAUGAAUCAAGUCUAAAUUCAGAGCUUAUGAACUACAUAAAAGAAAACCAUAUAGGAGAAGUGUGCCUAUACACUGCAAUUUCAUGGUUACAGGAAAAUGUUGACAAAUUUUCAAUCAUAACACAAGAAAGUCCAGCAGACACAAACAAUGUAUCCAAUGAAACUAAGAAUGAGUUUGUAAGGUUUUGGAUAUACUCUCAUCACAUUUACAACAAAAGAAAACGAGAAGAAAUUGUUAAAAAAGCUAGAGAAUUGAAAUUGACUGGGUUCUCUUUGCCUGGUAAACCUGGCAUAAUCUGUAUUGAAGGUCAUCAUGAUGAUUGUAAAGAAUGGUGGAAAGAUAUUAAAUCAAUGACUUGGAAGAAAAUUAUGAUUAGGAAAACAGAGAUAUUUGAACCUUGUGAAGAAAGGUCAUAUAGGAAGUUUUCUAAUUUUGAAGAACUUUGUUUGAAAAAUCCAGUACAUAAUAAACAUUCUAACAUGAGUGAACUUUCAAAGUUAAUGAAUGAACUGGGGUUAAAUCAAGUUUUUAAUGAGCUUUUUGGAUUAUGCAAUGAUGAAUAAUUACAUACCUAUGUACUUGCAUACCAUAAUCUCUCUGUUCUGACCAAGUAGGCCAUAAAGUUUUACGCUGUUAUGAAUUAUUAUUAUUUGAUUCUAUAUUUUAUAUACGCUAAAAUAUAUUAAUUUUUCUAA